UUGCAGGGACCAGACUGCAAAAGCUUCCACCUUCUCCGUGCCCUCUCUUCCCGGCGUCGGAGAAGGCGGCGUGACGAGGCCGGCCACCGCGCGGGGGUGAUGGAUACCAAUAACCUCCCGGCGGUGUGGGCGGUGGUAGGGCCGGGCGUCGCCGGCGCCGUCUUCGGGGCCGGCUGGUGGUUCUGGGUCGACGCCGUCGUCUGCAGCGCCGCCGCCGUACCGUUCCUGCACUACCUCCCCGGGUUCUUCGCUUCGUUCGCGGCGGUCAUGUUCAACUGCGUGAAGAGGGAAGACGUCAACUACAAUUACUACUCGCCCUACGAUGACUCCGAGUGGAGGUUAAAACUCUGGCUCUUUGUUUCGUACGUGGUGUCUUUUGUUUCCUUGGCUGGGGCUGUUGGUUUUCUGGUCCAAGACGCACUUACAGAUACAGGUCCAUCUGCAUGGACUGGUGUUGCUGGCGUCCUGCAAUCCGUGUUCGUGCUUAUAAGUGGGUUGAUGUACUGGACUUGUCAUUCUGAAGAUUGACUUAAGAAGUAUGCCAAGAUAGACGAGGAAUGUAAAGGCGGUUCGGAAAUAAGCUUGUUGCCAAAAAUGUGAAAGUCUCGUGCUAAGCUAUAUAGUUUUGCCCAGAGUUUAGUAUCUCUGUAAAUAUAAGUGCAUAACAAACGGCUCAAAUUAGUUCACUUUGUUGUUUUUUUAGUAAACAAACCUCUACGAAUUAUAAGUAGUAUGUAUGGAUCUAUACUUUUUAAAAAAAUUUCUGACUAAUUCCACAUGCUGAACUUUACCUA